AGAAUUUAUAAUUACAUAAGGAUUUCUUCAUUCCUCAUGAUUCUGGUUGCGAUUUCUGAUACGUAAUUGCGAUUCGAAAAUUCUAGCUAUCGGACGACUAUUGUCAUUAGAUUUCAAGGAGAUCAUCAGUUUCCAAUCAUGGCCCUAAACCCGCAUCUCUACGAUAACGGGAUGCCGGUAGCAUUCGUCAACGAGAUGUUCGUCCUGAUCAGAGAAGGAGUCGAAUUUGAGGUUAGCAAUAUCCACGGGGCUCGUGGAGCAACUGUCAAAGCAAAGGGUAGAAUCUUUCUAUCAAAUGUGCGAGUGGUGUUUGUUGCUGAUAAACCUACACAGAGCUUUACUGCUUUUGACAUGCCCCUGCUUUACGUGCAUGAUGAGAAAUUUAGCCAACCGGUAUUUCACUGCAACAACAUAUCUGGACUUGUGGAACCUGUAGUGCCAAAUGAUCAGAACAGGGAAAUGUACCCUACUCACAGUUUCAAGAUUCUGUUCAAGCAUGGAGGUUGUGGAACAUUUGUGCCCUUGUUCUUCAACUUGAUAAAACUUGUGAGGCAAUAUAAUCAACAAUUUGAAACUUCACCCCUUCUCGAUCCUUUAAGAGCCGCCCAAACUCCAGUUGAUGAAAUGAUGAAUUGCGCAUAUGUCGAUCCCAGUGAUCCUACGAAGAUCUAUCUGCAGCAACCUGUUUCAGAAGCACAUAGACGUGACACAUACCAUCACUAAUCCAUAAUAAAUAACAGGACCAACCUCACGCUUCCGAUAUUUAUGUCAUCGAUAAAAUGUUGAAAGUUUAUAUUUUUGAAGUCUUCCAAUUUCGUAAGGUUUAUGUGUGAAUUUAUGUAUAGCAUCCCUAUUAGUCUUUGAUCUUCCAUUAUGUUGAUACAUUUGAACAUAACUUGUGGUAAAUAUUUAACUAUCCUUUUAAGUCAUGUCCUUGGGCUCGUUUGUGCAAUAAGAAAGUCAAAUAUAUACAAUG